GCGAUCCGAUGUAGAUUUUCAUUUAAAAUUCAGAUCGCCGUCAGAGAUGAAAGGGUUGAAAAGUAGUGGUGCUUCUGCCGUUUGGUGGGGAUGAUUUUAUACCAAGGUGGGGAUUGAAGGUGGGGAGUUUUUACUCACCUGGUCCAGUACCAGAUAGAUAGGGCACCUUACUACCUCAAGUUAGCAGGUGGCUCGUCGUUAACAGUGCCAAGGUGUGAUCAAGUGCCACGUUUGUGACCCGUGGACCCCGUCGGCCGUACUUUACAUGACUACAUGAUUUUUUUGACACCUGCAUUUCUCGACUCACUCUCCUGAUGUGUAUGUGCAAGUGUUGUGAAAAUACUCAGUGACGACGAAAACGAAAUUUUGGCUAAGGAAGGACCUUCCCGUCCAGUCCUGUUACAAUCGAACAAGGAUUGUGAAGGAGGGGGGCUCGGGGAUGGCUGAAGGUGGUGAUGAGGGUGCAUCACCGGAAGAAACUAGUUGGAGAUCUUACUACGAGCACCCACUCACGGCCGCUACGUCGGCUAUGCUCAACAUAAGUGGACAUCCACCCGAAGACCAGCAGCCCCCCACUUCAAUGGGAUUCAUCUAUGAAUACUACAAAUUGCCUCACCUCACUGACAAAGACAAACUAAGCGAUAUAUGGCAAACGGGCGGAGGUGGGAGUGGAGGUAGUGCCAUACUUUCUUCGCAGCUCAAAACUUCCAACGGCGGAGUCGGCGGAUCCGGAAGUCUGGAGAUCGGAGGACAGCCUCUCGGCGACAUACCGGGACUCUUCCUGCACCACCCUUCGAGUCAAACCGUGGUCAAAAGGGAACCGGAAGACCUAAGUCAUCAUAGGAAGAGUAGUCACGAUAAAGGAAGGCACAAAGUAGUUUUAGUGACGUCCGGUAGUCACCAAGAUCUCGUCGUAGAUGUCGUAAACAAUAACAAUACUCCGUCUAUAAAGGACGAGUUUAUCCAUUCACCCCAGCAGGGGAACAGAUCGAUGAACGGGACGCCUUCUUCGACCUCCUCCCUCAUGGCGCAGGAUGUCGGGCCCAAUUCUCAGAUAGAGAUCAUUUCCGGUGAGAGUCUCAAGUCAGGAAUCAAUUACGGCACUCAUAUUUUCACAGCCAUGUCCAACGCUCAAGCCCACGGGGGCAGCGGCUCGCCCUCCCCGAUACCAUAUUCGGAGCACGCUCAAUAUGCCGGCUCCCAGAGCACCUCCGGCUACAUAACCGCGUCCGCAGGGAGAUCCUCGGCUGCCGCCUUCUCCGAUCCCUACUACAGGGAAUAUUUCGCGGAACAAUCGCCCUACGCGGCACAAGUGAGGCAGGUGCCGUCGUUCGCGGACGGGAGCGACGGUAGCGGGCCCAACGCAGCGACAGCUUCUUUUGUAGAGAGGUACGUCCGACAAAGCAGUUCGUACCACAACAAAGGGGUGAUCGCUGCAGCAGGACUCACCGUCGAUCUGCCGUCACCCGACAGCGGUAUCGGAGCCGAUGCCAUUACGCCCAGAGAUCAGACAGCUAUACAGCAGUCAUUCGACUACUCUGAUAUGUGUCAGGCACCCUUGUUGGGCGAAGCACGAGCCGGUUCCACCCAUUCCUCCCCCGGCACGACCGGAUCCAGGUCCAGGCCGUGGCAUGACUUCGGAAGGCAGAACGACGCUGACAAGAUUCAGAUUCCCAAAGUCUACUGUCAAUACGGUUUUAAGUAUCAUCUUGAGACGCCGAUUUCAACCAACCAGAGGAGGGAGGACGACCGCGUCACUUACAUAAAUAAAGGCCAGUUUUACGGGAUCACGAUGGAAUACAUACCGGAUCCGGACAGGCCGUUGAAAGCUCAAACUGUCAAGAGUAUUGUAAUGCUGAUGUUCAGGGAAGAGAAAAGCCCGGAAGACGAAAUAAAAGCUUGGCAAUUUUGGCACGGAAGGCAGCACAGCGUGAAACAAAGGAUACUCGAUGCAGAUACCAAAAACAGUGUUGGAUUUAUAGGCUGCAUUGAAGAAGUGGCCCAUAAUGCGAUUGCAGUGUAUUGGAAUCCACUGGAAAGCUCAGCAAAAUUGAACAUUGCUGUCCAGUGCUUAAGCACAGAUUUCAGUAGUCAAAAAGGUGUCAAGGGACUGCCACUUCACAUACAAAUCGACACCUAUGAAGAUCCUAGAGAAGGACCUGUCAUCCAUCGUGGAUAUUGUCAAAUUAAAGUAUUCUGUGAUAAGGGUGCUGAAAGAAAAACAAGAGAUGAAGAACGGAGAGCAGCUAAGAGAAAAAUGGCUGCAACGGGAAGAAAAAAAAUUGAAGAACUGUACCAUCCAGCUUGUGAAAAGUCGGAAUUCUACAGUAUGGCGGACCUCACCAAGCCUCCAGUUCUUUUCACGCCUGCCGAAGAUAUUGAUAAAUUGACGUCAAUGGAACUUCAAGGAUUUUAUGGCCAUGAAACUGAUACUUCAAGUUUAUCAAAUGGAGAAGCUGGACCAAUGAAACACAGUACACCAUUUCUUCUACACUCAGUAUCUGGGAAACCUGGAACUGUCCCAACACAAACUCUCAAGUUCCACAAUCACUUUCCUCCAGAUCCACUUAGCGAUAAAAAAGAAGAGCCGUUAACAACUGAUGGGACAGUUUUCUCUACACCACCAUUAAAGAGGCCAAAAAUUGUUCCACCGCUGAACGAACGAGUUAUGCUGUAUGUGAGACAGGAAUCUGAGGAUGUAUACACGCCUCUUCAUGUCGUUCCACCAACAACUACCGGCCUAUUAAAUGCAAUUGAGAAUAAGUACAAAAUUUCUGCUUCGAGCAUUAGUAACUUAUAUAGAAAAAACAGAAAAGGGAUUAUGGCCAAAAUUGAUGAAGAGAUGCUCACUUAUUAUUGCAACGAAGAUGUGUUUUUGCUUGAAGUACGGCAUUCUGAAGAAAGUGAAGAUCUCUUAGAUGUUGUGCUCGUGGAACUCUCAGACAUAUAAUAGCAUUUAAUUAUAUAUUGUUAUGGCCAUUCAUUAUUGUUUUCAUGAAAAGUGUGAAUGUUUCACAAUUAAAAAAAAAAUAAUAAAUAAAAAAUCUAUUGUUUUCUAUAAGUAUAAAAUCACUUAUUUUUCUUUCAAUUAUUAUUUUUUAUUUCUUAAAAAGAAAUUUUAUUUUUAUUAUAUAGAUUUGGUAGAUAUGUUAAUAUUGUUGAUUCAUUUUUUUAAGUUUGAUAUGGAAAAAAAUUUAUACAAUAUUGGUUUUAUCUUUCUGGAAUAUAAAAAAAAAAUUAAUUAAUGUUAAUGAGUUGGACUUUCAAGUUCAAAAUGCAGACAUUGAGCGCUAAAUAUUUUUUAUACACCUAUGAGAAAAGUUUAGACAUAUAAACCAGGUAUAUUUUAAUAUUAUUGGCUUUAAAAUGAUCAUUUCUAUAUAAUAAGAGCUUUAUAUAUUAUAUACUUAAGAAAAUGAAUAUUAUAUAAUGCAUGUGUUUCAAGAUUCAGUUGCAUAUUAUAAACGAUCCUUUAGCUCAUCAACAUUUUAUUUUAGGUUAAAGUGUGAUCUCAAGAUUGGUGAUUUUAUUUAACAACUUGCCAUAUAAGUGUCUAUCCAUUGUAACAUGGUACCAUAUGUAAUCAAAAUAUUAGUUUUAGGUCAUAUUUACAAUAAUAUGAUAAUCGCUCAAAUAUUUAGAUAUAAACAAGUACUUACUACUUCUUGCCAUAUUUUAUUGAGGCUCAUUGGGCAAAUAUUAUAUAAUGCACUCACACACUCAUUAAUAGAGUACCUGAAAAAUGUGUUAAAUUGUUAUUACAAAUUUGUCUGGAGUUUUGUUUUGUUUGUUUGUUUUUCUUUUUUUUUUUUUU